GCUACGCUUCGCUCCGGCAUUCUCACGAAGAGAUCCUCGGCGUCUUUCAGGAGACGACGUUGCGCUCGAGCAUGGAGUCGAAAAUCCGUCUGGCAUCCGAGAGAUGACCGUGCUGGGCAUGCGCUUGGAGCAUGGCUGUCCAGGACACGACGUUCCACUCGGGCAUUCUCUCAAACGUCGCCUGCGCUCCCUCGAGAUGCCCAUUUACGGCAUAAGCCUGGAGAAGGAUCGUCCACGAGUAGACAUUUGGGCGAGCGAUGGUGCGGAAAUGCGACACUGCUCGCUCCAAGUUGGCGCUCUGGCCAUACGAAUCAAUCCUCAGACCACGAAGAAGAACGCAGCAAUGUUACAAGAACAGCAAUGCAUCGCGCUCAUCAAGUCUUGCACCACUCUAUCCCAGCUCCAAGGCGUUCACAGCUCGUCCAUUCCGGAUCCUUGCUCCACCAUUCUCUCCAACGUUUUGAUCCAAAUCUAUGGCCGCCUCGGCAGCGUGGAGCAAGCCCGGCGUGUCUUUGACACAAUGCACUCCCGCGACAGCUUCUCCUGGAACGUUAUGCUCGUGGCAUAUUCGCGGAACGGGCAUCUCGAAUAUGCCAAGGCCGUGUUUGAUGCCAAUCCACGCCCGGACUUUGUUUCGUGGACCUCGAUAGUUAGCACUUACAGCAGCCGGGGAAUGUUGCAAGAUGCUCGGAAUCUGUUUGACAAGAUGCCCCAGAGGAAUCUCGUCUCGUGGAACGCGAUGCUCGCGGCAUAUGCCAAGGAAGGGCACGUCACGGAGACCAAAAAUCUGUUUCACAACAUGCCUUUGCAAAACUUGAUCUCGUGGACGAUAGUUUUAAGUGUUCUUAGCCAGGCAUUGCUUUUAGAGGAAGCUGAGAAGAUAUACCUCGCGAUGCCUGAGAGAGAUGCGGUAUCGACGACCGUGAUGCUUGAAGCAAAUGCUCAACACGGGCAUUUUGGCAAAGUAAAUACCAUCUUUGACGAUAUGGCGAUUCACGACCUUGUUUCAUGGAACGCGUUGCUCAGUGCUUAUGCCAAGUAUGGCAGCAACCCUUUACAUCAGUGCAAGGAAGUUUUCUACAAAAUGCCCUGUUGGAACCUUGUGUCGUGGAAUGCGAUGCUGCUGGCCUUUGCAGGCACUGAUCUCAAAGCCGCGAAGAACUGGUUUGACAACGAGAUGAGCGAGCCGGGAACGAGAGAUCUCAUCUCCUGGAACAUUCUCAUGUCCGCCUUUGCAAAACACGGCCUCGUCGACGAAGCAAGCGAAGUCUUCUCGCAAAUGCCCGUUUGCGAUCAAGUGUCAUGGAACUCGCUGCUCUCUGCGUUUGCUCAAAACGGGAGGCUGCCAGAGGCCAAGCAAGCGUUUCACGAAAAAAUGCCGGCUUGGGAUUCCAUCUCGUGGACGAUCAUGCUGUACGCCUAUGCUGCAUCAGGCAACGUUGAAGAAGCCAAAGUUUUGUUUGACAAAAUGCCGCUCAAGAGCCUGAUCUCCACAAACCUGCUGCUUUUCGUGUAUGCCCAAGCCCGCUAUGACGAACAAGCUCGAAAGUUCCUCGACGAAAGCGCUGCCGAGCAUAGCUUAGCUUCGUGGACGAUGGUUUUGUCCGCGUACGCGCUGAAUUCCCAGCUCCGGGAUGCCCAAGAUCUGUUCGAAAGAAUGCCAGAGAAAGAUACCGUGGCUUGGACCUCAAUUCUUGCUGCAAAUGCCACUUCCGGGCAAAUGCAUCGAGCAAAGAGACUGUUCGAUGCGAUGCCCGAGCUGGAUCUCGUGGCCUGGACCGUGAUGCUGGAAAUGCACGCCCAAAACAGCGACCCAGAAGGAGUGCUCGAUCUCUCGCGUCAAAUGCUGAUCCAUGGAAUCCUCCCGGAUAACACUGCCUUUACGUGUAUGCUCUUUGGGUGUAGCCAUGGCGGCGACGUCGCCGCCGGGCGUUCGAGCUUCCACUCCAUGGCGAUCGAUUUCCACCUGGAAGGCGGGAGGAGGGAUUACGGAUGUAUGAUCGAUCUGCUGGGCCGCGCCGGACACCUGGAGGAUGCGAUCGAUCUGGUGGAGACGAUGCCCUAUCCCGCGCGCGUCGAUGAUUGGAUCUGCCUGCUGGGUUCUUGUCGAAGGAUUCGCGACGCGCGGCGUGCCACUCGCGCUGCCAGCCGCGCCGUGGAGCUCGAUCGAGCGGCGGCACCCUACAUUCUCCUGGCAAACACAUUCUCUUAAUGCGCGAAUUUGUUUUUAGGGUUCUUGGGAAAUUUACACUGCUCUAGCUCUCAA